CAACUGAGGAAGCAGAGACCAGCUCUUUGGGAUUAGACCGUGAUCUGAGAAAUUUAUUAACUAAGGCCGACAUUAUUACAGCCGUUUUGAGCCGCUUGAACAAAGUUUACCAGGACAAAGUGUGUGGAGGUUGCUUCCGAUAUAUGUCUUCGCUUCCUAUUAGGAUGACCAUCCGGGGAUUUCCUAUAUGUGGACGAUGUCACGAUUCUGAAGAAUUUAAGGAUGUUUCCUCCGCCAUUUCAAGGGCCAACUUUUUCGUGACCCACUUUGAAUUUUUCUGCAUCAAUACCCUCGACGGGUGUCUUGUUCAGGAUCUAAAGCCGGCAGCUACCACGGACCAUGAAGCAAAGUGUAAAGUCCCACAAUUGGAUUGUGUGUUUUGCUCAUUUAAGGGAAAUAUUUUGCAAAUUAUCCAUCACUCUGUCAGGCAACAUCGGAUGAAUUUAUCUCUAGAUGGAGUGAUAGAAUUUAGUCUGAAGGAAAAUACUGAAAAGAAAACCACAUUAAUGGUUAUACACGGCGUUGCUUUCGUUCUGAAAUGGCAGAUCUCUAAAGAAAAAGUAGUACUGAAAUUCAAACUGCUGGUAAACCUGCCGUUUACGCAACACUAUCGUAUACACUUUUCCAGGAAAGGGGACGCUGAACUUCCACUUGAAAUGCUCAACGAGUAUGGUGUAAUAAGCAUGAAAUGUGAUACAUGUAUUGAUAUAAGUAAGCCUCAGUUGAAACUUAAAUUUGGUGAGGAGGCCAUCCUAAUGUGUAAAAUAUCGUUUGAGGAGGUAUCAGUUGAAAGGAAAAUUGAGGAAUGCAAGGAGAGAGAAGCCAAGUGCCAGCCAGAUGCGCUAAUACAGUCAAUUAACGAAUCGCAAGUAAACACCGAUCUUAAAGCGAGUAUAGAGUUAUGUAAUUCUGUAUCAAAGUUGCUAAAAACUUUUGCACAUCGACUUCUCAAAUGCGUCGUGUGUAAGCAGAUAGCUGCAGGAGACUCUACACACUUUUGCCCGGAGCUUCAUGGCUGCUGUAAUAAAUGUUGGACAGGUUAUUGCUCUGAAUGUUCUGAAGUCAGGCCAUAUAGAGAUAUUCCAAUGCUCGAGAAUUUAGUAGUAGACUGCGAUUGGGAUGAUUGUGCUGAAGAAACAAAGUUCUAUAAAUAUCUCACCCAUAAAGCAUCGUGUCCUCAAAGGCCUUACAAAUGUCCACUCAAAAAUUGUAAUGAAAUUCGCGUUGGUGUACCUGCUCUUACAAAUCAUUGGCACGUUGAACUCCCCGAUGUAGUUGUAGGAAAUGUUUAUGAGUUCAAUAAGCAAUUUAUUAAAACAGAAUAUGCCUAUUGGAUACAUCAGGGUGAUAUAUAUGUCGUAACGAUAAAUUUGGAAGAAACUUAUCUUGACGUUCUACUUGAAGAAGUUGACGUCAUACCAAAUUGCAAUUUGGACAAGUUGUCUUGUUCGCUUCUACUUGGCGACAAAACUUACGAUAUUCCUAUAGUACGCACUUAUUGCAAAUGCGAAGGCAAAUUUGUUUACAGCGAAAAAAUACCAGAUUUCAAACCUGAAAAUAAACAUAUGAUUGUGGUUAUAAAUAUGAAUCCUGAGGUGCCUUAUCAACGUUCUCGUGUAUCUGUUCCCGUGCAGCGAAAACCCAAGACGUUCAUCACAGUCUAAAUAUACUUGUAUUGUAAACUGCUCUCUUUUAAAACUAGUGCAUCAUUCAAUAAUAUACUUUAUAUGGGUGCUGUUUCAGCCGAAACUUCUUCCUAAUUACAUUGCGCUAUUCAAAUCCAUUAUGAACUUUCAAAAUGCCUAUAUUUACUACACAUAAAAUUAUUGGAACCUACAGAACCGGUUAUUGCGCACGUUAUUGUUAGAUUAGAUAGGAUUUAUUUAUUGUUAGAACCUUUUGUACGCUUUUGCUCAAAUUUUAUUCGUUUGCAAAUGCUAAAGAUUCAAACUUGCUAUGUAAUGAAACUUUAUAAAAAACCAAAAAUUAUUUCUGUAUCCAUGUUAGUUAUCCAUCCAAGUUAUAAGCAAGUUUAAAUGUUCGGAUAUUUUUUGCAUGGCACACUCCAUAAUAAAAUUUCCGCAUUGUCACGAAAAAAUCUAUAUAACAUCUAGAUUAAAGAAUGGAAAUUUGCAUAAAAGCACUGAUAAUUAGUUAAUUGUGUUCUUUCGGUUUAUCAUAUUGAUUUGCCAGUGUUAGCCAGAGCACUAUAUGAUUUUAAAUGUAAUUAUGUGUUAAUUGUUUAUAUAUAAGUUUAAAUGUAUUUUCUAUAUAGUAUUAUCUUAUUAGGUUUUAAAACUAAUUUAUCAAUAAUGGAAAAAUUGCCUCUUGCCCAAAGAUGGCGAAUAAUAUUAAUGAAAUUGGGGGCAUUUUUUCUAAAUAUUCACGAAAUUUUUAAUAUUAUAAGAGAUCUGAGUUGCAACAUGAUUUUUUCAUAACAUAUUUAUUUAUGUAUGAUAUAAUAUACUUGGAAUUUAUAUGAAA